CACCAUCCACCAAACCCGUCUCGUCUCUCUCUCUCUCUCUGUGCGCGUGUUCUACUUCGGUGGCUUAACCCGGUCCUGCUCCUGCACAUAACUCAGAUCGAACAUUGACCAAGACGAGUUUGGAGAAUCCCUUUCCGUCGCCUCCUUUUUGCCCUAGUUUGGUUUUCCCGUUUUGCUCGCUUCUUCGCGCUCGAGGUGUUUGAUGGAAUGCCAGAGUCUCAGACCCAUGAUCCCAUGAUCGGUUUCAUGUCGAUACAGUCAUGACGCGACGCUGAUCCACUUACUGUGUUUCGGUCGGGAGGUUUCGGCUCUUAUUCCGUUUGAUCUGCUUGGUGGUUCAUGGCGGUGUCAGAGAAUUUAUCGGUGAGCUCGACAAUUUCGCCUCCCGAGUCGUACAGCGCGGUUGUCCUCGGUGGUACUUUUGAUCGCCUGCAUGAUGGGCAUCGCCUUUUUCUUAAGGCUUCAGCGGAGCUGGCAAAAGAGCGUGUUGUGGUGGGCGUAUGUGACGGUCCAAUGCUGGCCAAGAAGCAGUUUGCUCAUCUAAUACAGCCAAUCGAGGAGAGAAUGCAAAAUGUUGAGAACUACAUCAAGUCUAUUAAACCUCAUUUGACGGUCCAAGUUGAACCCAUUACUGAUCCCUACGGGCCAUCCAUUGUGGAUGCAGAAUUGGAGGCUAUUGUUGUCAGCAAGGAGACGUUACCUGGAGGAAUCUCCGUAAAUAAAAAAAGAGCCGACAGAGGUCUUUCCCAGUUGAAGAUCGAAGUUAUAGAUUUAGUUUCCGAAGGUUCGAGUGGAGACAAGCUGAGCUCGACAACGUUGCGAAGGCUUGAGGCCGAGAAGGCUGGUAAUCAACAACCACCAGCCCACAAGAAUCCCGGCCUCUCAAACUCCAACAGGAUUUAUUGUGUUUGCAGGCGAAAGGUCGCGACGAAUUUUGCGAAAAUGAACGAUCUCAUGACACAGUCGUUCUUAAAUUAUGUGGAGUUGAAGAAACAGGCCCAGAAGGACCUCGACCUCGAGAUGGGCCAACUCGAUGCGGCGGAGGAACAAAACCUCUCGCAGUUCUUCCGCGAAGUCGAGGCAAUCAAGUCCGAGAUGGAGGAGAUAACCAAUCUCUUGCUCGACCUACAGGGACUAAACGAGGAGGCGAAGUCCACUUACAGCACGAAAGCCCUUCGCGGCCUCCGGGACCGGAUGGACUCGGACAUGAUCGCCGUCCUCCGCAAGGCUAAAUCUGUGAAAGCACUGCUCGAGUCCCUGGACCGGUCGAACCUGACGAAUCGCGGGCUGUCGGCGAAUUUCCAAGAAGGAAGCUCGGUAGACCGGACGAGGAUUUCGGUCACGAGUGGCCUGAGGACCAAGCUCAGGGAGACGAUGAACCAGUUCCAGCUCCUGAGGGACAAGAUUGUGGCCGAUCACAAGGAGGAUCUCAAGAGGAGGUACUUCAACGCGACCGGGGAGGUUGCGACCGAGGAGGUGAUCGAGAAGAUCGUCUCGACCGACGGGAAGAUCGAGCUGUUCGGAGGGAAGACCAAGCUGAGCCUAGGCAGUCCAGAGAGGCACGGGGCGGUGAGGGACCUGCAGAAGAGCCUGGACAAGCUGCACCAGGUGUUCCUGGACAUGGCGGUCCUGGUGGAGACGCAGGGGGAGAGGAUGGACGACAUCGAGGAGAACGUGGCCAGCGCGAACGCGUUCGUGAGCGGCGGGACGGGCAACCUGUACUACGCGAACCAGAUGAAGCGGAAGGGCGGGCAGUGGGCGAAGUGGGUCUGGGCUGUGGUGGUGAUCAUACUGCUCGUCUGCCUCGUUUCCUUGUUGGCGUCUUGAAAAAAAAAAAAUUGAAGUUACGAAAGAAUUCUGGAGAGUGAUUUAGCCACAGUUUCAUAGGGUUUCUGUCUCUACGUC